GGGUCUCCAUUUGGACUUUCCUCAUUCCCCGUUCAGUGCUUUAUAUGAAGUAACCAUUAACAGCCCAGGAAUGCUGUAUCCAGCUGAGCUGCCCCCUCCUUAUGAGGCUGUGAUUGGAGAGACACCUGCCAGUCAGCUCACUGGUACUGAUCGGCAAGUGUCUGAAUCAAGCUUGGGUGAGGGGAACGUGACCCUGGACUUCAGCACGCAAGUUUCCGUUGAGAGCACCUCUUUGAUGGUCUCUGAGGCUGUUGACAUCCCAGAGCGUAGCUACUCCUCUGAAGAUCUUUGUUCGCUGGAAGUUCAGGGAUCUCUCCAUUCCGAAGAUCUUUCUCCCUACUGCCCAACGCCCAAAGGGGCUGCGGACCAGAGCUGCAGCACUCUGGAUUGCAGCGCCCGCUGCAGGUUCCACAGAACUCGCUCAGAGGGUUUUCCUCACGAGGACAGCAGUUCCCACAGUCGAGCCUCUGCAGAUAGGUCUCAAGGACAGGAGAAGAACUGUGCCCACGGCAGGUCCUUGGACUGUUCCUCGGAUAAUUUCGGCCCCUCGGAAAGAGAACUGCAGGGUUCUGCUCCGGAGAGCAAUGCCACACCGCCUUUGAAGAAGAAAAUCUGCUGUGCGGACUUCAGCCAGCCCCCUGGCCCUUUCCGGACCUCGCCCCGGUUCAGGCUCACGAGUGGCCACGAGAGUGCUGUCCAGCAGUGUCACGUUACGAAACACCGCGUUUCACAUAUAGUCCGAUCAACUAGUGACCCUGUCUCCUGUUCAUCUCACGCAGAAGGUGAUAAUUGUGCCUGGGCUCUGGUGUGCAGCCAGCGUCAAGAUGCAGGAUUGUCUCCAGCUGCAUUAGAAACAGUUCCCAUUUGUGGCUCUCAUAUGGUUGCCUCUGGUUGUCAGCAUUCUUUGAGCAGUUGCCUACCAACCGGAAAACAGAGGGAUGCACGGAAGAUUGAGCUACACCUAAAGCCAAAGGCUUUGCACACAGUCGCAAAGGAGCGGCCACACUCUCUAGUGGACCUUAAGGCCUAUAAAGACACAAAAAUUUUAGUUGCAAAAUUUUUGGAACAUUCAAACUGUAAUCUCCCUCCAGAAGUGCGGCACGUAGUGAACAGCAUCCGAUCAGUAAUAAAAUCUGAUGAGAGACACAUGGAAGAAGCCAUCUUCAGUGCCAAUAUUAUAGACCAGGUCAUUACAAGUUCCCAGCAGAAUGUGAAUACCUCUAGGAAGCGACUUCAAGAAGAUCUUCAUCUCCAGAGCUGCGGUGCUCUGAGCUCUCCAGUUGCCUUCGUCCGUAGGUCCCACAUCAGUCGCAGUUUAGAGCGGGACAGGCCCCACAGCUUAAUUGGAGUUUACCGGGAGACCGUCCUUUGAUAAUAUCCUCUGCAGGUACGUGAUUCCAGCAAAGAGUAUUAAGGAAGAGACUGGGACCACGAGAAAUAUGAGUAGUGGAUCACUUUAAAAAGUCUCUUCCUUUGGAAUUCCAACAGCAGGAGGACAACAUCCGUUUUUCUGAAUGUAAAUUUCAGCCCUGAUUUUUUCUGCAAUAUUUUAACUGAUUUAUUAGUAGAGUCAGAACAACUGUUUUCCCAA